CUAUCCAUCUAUCUACCACUCUGGUCGCUGGGCGAGUCGUACGCACCGUAUCUUACCCCUUGUAUUCGAGUUGCAGGGGAUUCAGGAUCCGAACCCUACAGUAGUGUUCACUGCCGCGGCGUCCGAAUUGUACAUGGAGAAUUCCGCGUGUCACGUGUAUAUCAUCAAUGCUUUUGGCAAUCGCCACCGACAUCCGUCCUGCAUGUCGACGCCGAAUCUUCCAUAGCUUCACCCGCUCCGCUUCCAACAAGCCGCGUCUGCCGCGUCUAUCGCAGUCCAAAACCUCGGAGGUUCCCAACGACGACCGAUGGAACUACAACUCAAACACCCUGCUGGACGGCGACGCGACGCCCAACGCAGUCCUCGCGUCGUACCCCCUCGUCGACGCCAACCAGCUCGAGAGACACAAAACGCAGCCGCGCGAGGUGAAGAUGCUCGUGCGCGACUGGAUCGAAGACUCGCUGUACAACCCGCACUACGGGUACUUCCCCAAGCAGGCGGUGAUCUUCGAUGGCCAGCAGGUGCCGUUUGAGUUUGAGAAGUUGCGGAACUCGGUGGAGUUCCAGGAGGAAGUGAGUGCGCGGUAUGCUGCGUAUGGGGCGGACUUGCAUCAGGGCCCGGGGAGGCAAAUAUGGCACACGCCGACAGAGCUUUUCAAGCCCUGGUACGGCGAAGCUAUAGCCAAAUGCAUUGUGGCCGAAUAUCUACUCAAGUAUUUCCCGUACGAAGACUUUGUCAUCUACGAGGUCGGCGCGGGGAACGGGACGCUGGCGAUGAAUAUCCUCAACUAUCUCAAGAAGACACAUCCAGAGGUUUAUGAUAGAACGCAAUACAACAUCAUCGAGAUCAGUGAGAGUCUGGCGGGGUUGCAGAAGCAGAGAUUGACAGCUUCCCAUCCUUGCGCUCGGAUCCUGAACAAGAGCGUAUUUCGGUGGAACCGAAAAGAGCCUGCGCCGUGUUUCGUGCUUGCCAUGGAAGUUAUAGACAACUUUGCCCACGACAUGAUUCGUUAUGAUCUUAAAACGCUAGAGCCAUUACAAGCAUUUGUCACCAUCGACCGCAGGGGGGACUACGAGAUGAUCUACACACCUGUGACGGAUCCCCUCAUUGCAUCCUACCUGAAGCUGCGCACAAAGCUCGGCCAUCCGUCGGGCAUCUCACGUCUCUUGCGCGCAAUGCCGAGCCUGGCAAAGGCUUAUUCCAAUCUCCCAUUUGCGCCGAACUUGUCUAAACCGGAGUACAUACCUACUCGGCUGUUCAGCCUGCUCAAGACUCUGCGCACGCACUUCCCUCGCCACCGGCUUCUCCUAUCGGACUUCUCCACCCUGCCCGACGCCAUUUAUGGACACAACGCGCCAGUUGUGCAGACGCGAUUCCAGAACACGACGGUGCCUGUGACGACCAUGCUCGUCGCGCCCGGCUAUUUCGACAUCUUCUUCCCCACCCACUUCGAGCGGCUGCGGGACAUGUACGAGCACAUCCUCGCCGAGCCGGUCACAGGCCGCGGUCUGCCCGAACCGCGAUCCACGCCGCUGAGUGGGAAUGCUGGCCCGCUGUCGGCCGGCUCUGAUUUCUUCUCGUCGUAUCACCCCAGCAAUCGUCGCAGACCGGUGGAUGGAGUCACUUCGGCCAGCGGGCUGCCUGUCGGGGAGCGAAAAUCGAGCGUGUUCAGUCAUGCGCAGUUCUUGUCGACCUAUGCGGAUUUGAGCAAGACGCGCCUGAAGAACGGGGAGAAUCCGAUGCUCGAGUUCUAUCAGAAUGUCAAAUUUUUGUUCUGAGUUUCUAGGCUUACCACAGAGCUAGACUGCUUUGACCUGCCCAACUUCGAUUGCUUGAUUACUUUCCUCCUCCAAUCAAAGUUGGAAGCUCCUCGAGUAACUUGACUUGUUGCGCGACAUGAGGCUUCGAUCGCUUACUCAUCUGCUCGACCACGCUCAUCGACUGAAACAGGAAGGUGGGUGUAGCACGCAAUAUUAGUUGUGUCAAGAGAAGUCCGGCCAUGCAUUGCUCUCAAAAAUCACUACGAGACGAGUUCUCCUAGGCGGACGUGAAGAGUGGGUGCUUGAGCGGGUUUAUCUAGCGCUCAGGCCCCACCAAGUCAGAGGCAAUCGGACAUGAACUUGACGGAUGGGCAGCACUCAAAGUCCUGUCAUUCGUGACAUGAGCUCACUACAUGAUCUUCAACGUUAUUGGCCCUCGAGCGCCUGGAAUAGAGUCAAGACAACGGCGAUCUCUCCAGACAAUCUGAUGGAGGAGUUGAUCAGUUAUUUGCUGUACAUAUCAACUGAUGUCAAGAUUGAAUGGGUUGCGAAACAAGGGACGGCAUCCUGCGCUGUCGUAUUUUCCUUCUUCCCCACUCAUCUCACUUGUGGUCCGUACCGCCGCUCAGCGCCUGCAGGCCCAGCCUUUCAUUUUAUGCCCACGCUCACUCACUAAAUCUCCGCCAACUCGAAUCCGAUCUCCUAGGCCAUGGGAACAACACAAUCAAAAUCAAAUAACAAUGAUAGCUGGUGGUCGGGCCAACCUGGUGGCGGUAGCGAUGGCGGCAACGGUCAAUCUGGCGGGGGUGGCAAUGGCGAGCAACACCACAAAGGCGGAGACGGUGAAACCCACCAACCACCGCCACCGCAAACGACCCAGCAAACUACAUUCCCACCGCCAAAUCAACCGCCUCCCGCGCUUCCGCCUCAGACAACGACACAGUCGCCGCCAUCAGCUCCGCCCAAUACACGUCCGGCAGAGAACACACCCGCCACCACAACUGUGAAUCCCGCUCCGCCACCACCUGCCGCUCCCGCGACCUCGGAUUCUCCAGGCAGUGGUAAUGACCCUGCGUCUCCGCCAAGUCAGCCGCCGCCGCCGCCGCCAGCCACUCCGACGGCUGGAAAUCCAACCACUGGUAGCCCUGAUACGGACGCAUCUACUAGUGGAGCGGUUCAUACCACUGCCAGCUUGAAUGAUGGCAAUCCUAGCAUCCGACCGAGCAGCACGCUCCAAGAGUCUUCAGGCCCUUCGACGGGAGAAGCACCGAACUCUGCCACUGUCCAGAAGGCCGCAUCUGAGACUUCGUCGCCGACCACCCUCGCUCAUUUUUCUCCAGCCACUACCACAAGCCAACCGCUCCUCAGCACCUCCUCCGACGGCCAAGUGUACACCCUGACAACGGCGCCUGUCGCGAUCUCUUCCCCGGGAUCGACAAUCGGCGGGACCACAUCCCCCGGCGCCCAUCGCCACCCCGCAGCGCUCAUCGCCGGGAUCCUGGUCCCCGUGCUCCUGCUCCUCCUAUUCGCGGGCGCCGGCUUUCUCGCCUACAAGCGCCGCAAGCGCCAGCAGGACCGCCGGGCCUGGGAACGCACGCACGCGGACAUCGCGGACGCGGUGCAGCACGCGACGUCGCCUGCGGCCGGGUACGCCCCGAAUGCCGCCGCGUGGGUGAAGUUCGGCGACGCGCCCGCGAUGAGUCCCGGCUCCGCGGUGCUCCAUGGCGAGGAUCCGUAUGGGUAUGGGGCUUAUGUCGCGGUGCAUGAUGUGGAGAAGCAGCCGUUUGAGGAGGAGAGCGUUGCGGCGCUGGUGCCGGCGCGCCAAUCGCAGUUCUUGGCGGAUUCCAAGCUCGUGUAACCUUGUUCUAUCUUUCUUUCAUAUCAUGCCCCAGCGCACAUUUUCCUCUGUACAUUCUUGUAUGUAUGUUUUGAAACCGUCUUGCUGUGAGAUGGGAGAUCAGGAGAGGAGUUUGGUUGUUGUUUGGGCCCCGUCAUCAAUCAAAACGAUGUGCCCGAG